UAUAUUAUAAUUUAUAAUAUAUUAAUAUUAUAUUAGUAUGAUUACUAUAUUUAGUUACUUAGUAUACAAUUUGCAACUUAAUGUACACUAAGUUAUUCAUGUAGGUAAAUAAUGGAAAAAAAAGUAAAAAAAAAAAAUCGAUGUUGUUUUGUUUGUUUGACGUCGACUUCGAAAGAAUCGAUUACUUUGCAUGGGUUUCCUAGUAAUGUUUUACUGCGUAGCAAGUGGCUUGAAGCGUUUCAUUUAACCGAAGCUGACUAUAAUCCAUCUCGAAAAAUUUGUUCAAAGCAUUUUGAUGUUGACAGUUUUAUACAAAAUAGUAAUAGAUUGAAAUCUGGAGCUAUACCACGUCCUUGUGACGAUCUUGUUGAGAUACUCAUUGAUCCUGUCGUCAAGAAAGAAGUGAAGACUGAACAACCUGAAUCUAUUUAUGAAUAUGAUUAUAUAGGAAUCCCAAUUGACGAGAUUACACUGCAAAACCACGAUAACACUACAAAGGUUAAAGUGUUGCACACACAGGAACAUCUACAAUUGGAGGAUUCGAUAGACACACCAAUUAUAAAUAAAAUUUCAUCAAAAUGCUCAGAAAUGACAAAAGCGAAAAGAAUUGCCUAUGUUGGUGAUAUUAAACCCACAGAUCUGACUACUUUGAGUAAAGCAGUCGAGUACUUUGAAAUGGCCAAAAGUACACUUCAGAAGAAAGAUAGAAAAAUUAAAGUUCUUAACCAACGUGUAUUAAGAUUGAAAAAACGUUUAAAUACCUUGGAAAAAAUAGUGAAACAAUACAAGACUUCUAAUUCUAGUAGAACGUUAUUCAAAAUAAAUAGCAAAGCUCACGUUUUGGAUACCUAAUAUACAUUUUGUUUUGUUAGAUAUAAUAUUUUUAUUAUGUUAAUUAUAAAUUUUAGUUAUUA